ACAAGGCACAGACAGGACCUACUGGGACCCGAGCGCCUUCAUGUGAAGCUUGGUCUUGGGCCACCUUGUUCCUCAAAGGGGUGCCUACUUCCAUGGGGUCUUCAAAGGGACUGUGGAAAGAGAGGCCUUCAGCCCACACCUCUGAAUGCUUUUCCACCACAGCAUGCCCUGUGGCUUGUAUCCUGCUGGUGUGGAACAGUCAGACCCCUGCACGGCUGCAGAGCCUCUGUACUGGGUGGCAUCCCAGCCUGAGUGCCACAGCUCAGUGGGUAGGCCCCCGAGCAAGUAGAGAGGAGGGCACCUUUUGAACAGAAUGUGUGGGACAAGAGCGAUGGCUCAUCCGUUCAGGUUACUCACAAAAUGAGAGUCAGGAAGAUCAGGGCACAGACUUGAUUUCCCACACAGGGCUGAAAGCAGACAACCGGAGGGAGAGCAGCACCUGGGCCAAUGAGGUAGAAGACAGAAGACCACAGUAUACUCCUGCCCUCAACCGCAACCCCUCCCACACACAUCCUCCACGCCCCCUAACCACCUUCCUCAGAAGUGUAAUAGGAAUCCAGAUAUCCCCUGGCCUGGUUGCUGCAGGAGGCACAGUGACCUGGAGGAUCCUGAGGCAGUUGUGGGAAGAUGUGGAUUGUCUAACUGGAGGUUGGGAGUCCAGGGUGCAGAAGGAAAAGCUUGGAGUGCAGGAUUUGGUGGUAUGUGUGUGGCAGCAGGCAAAAGAAAGAGACAACUAAGCCACUUGAAAUACCAUAAGAGAUCAAAUUUAGAAAAUUCCCGGGGAUGUAUGCAUGUAGGCAUUCACGAGAUCCAGAAACCAGCUGCUGCAUAACUGCAUGUUGUGUGCAAGCCCUAAGUUGCUGAUGUUUAAACAGCCUGAUGGGUUCACAAACGCAAUUUCUGAAUAGUCUUAAAAGCAGAGGUGCACUAAAGCCACUGUGCCCUGCAGCCCAGGAUCCCAGUAAGUUCUUUGACCACUUAUGGAAGAUUUUUGGAGUUGUCCUUGGUAACCCCCAAGAAUGUCUUGGUUAGGAGUAGAAUUUUAGAUGUCAUCAUUUUAAAAAUUAAAAGUAAAACUGUGGAACUUAUAGAGAGAUAAAAUUAAAAGAAUACAUUCACUAUCCUGAGCAGAAAGAUUUCCUAUAGAACAUAACAGGCUUUAAAAAUAAAGAAAAAAUCUCAUCAAAUUAAAUGCUUUGAGAACUAAAAUUAAAAUCCAAAGCCAUCCAACCAACUGGACAGACCUCAUCUUGGCUAAGGAGAUCCCAGAGAAGUCUUAAAUACUGAGUUCCUGACCAGUAUUUGGAAGAUCAGACACCCGUCUGACCUUCUCUCUCCCUUUUGUGGUUUAGACGUAACUGAUCAGCAUUAUUGUUAAAAUAGAGAUCAUAAGACUGACAGAACAGACUCCUUACCAUAGUAAGAUACUAUAUUAUAAACAAGACCUAAGGCUAUGCCAGGCAAGGUUAAGUCAUGCACCCCUCAACUUAAAAAAUAAACUAUGUUCUAACUGCCAGGUUUUUUUUUCUUCUUUCUUUUUUUCUGUAGCUAAGCAAGCACUGGCCUUGAGAUAAGCAAUGCUGAAGCACUUGCAGCUCACCCAUUACCAUAAACUGACUGAGCCCUCCCUACACAAGCCAUAACUACAGCUUUGAUUGGACAAGAGACUGAUUUCAGUAACUUUCUCCUGAUAAGAGACCACUGGCUGUGGACUAGUUCUGGACAGUUUACAGAGGCUGUGCACUUGAUUGCCUUUGUGUCUCUGUUUCACCUUUUGAAGCAUAAGGCCUAACUAUAAUGUAUUUAAAUGUUGUCUCCACCCCAAAGUGAACAUGGGUUGCAUGUGACAGGCAUGUUUACUCAGCAUGCAUGCAGCAGGAUCCCUUCAUGAAUAUUCAGAGCUCCUCCUAUUCCCUGUUGAAUAUAUGUGGCCAACCAGAUCAACAUAAAUCCCUAUUCUCCCCUCCCCUCCCUGGAAACCUAUUUUUCAGGUUUCAGCAGGAGGGUAUGCCUCCCAGUCUGUCAGAAUGGCCGCCUUGCAGGCUGUAACCCUUUAUAAAAAAUAAA